GUAGAAAAAACCUAAACUAAAGACACGGAAGAAGAAAGCGAAUGGUUUUAAACGAAUGGCUUUUGUUAUACAAUAGUCAAGUGAAUUGAGUGAACAGUCGUGUCAGCACUAGAGGAUCCCUUAACACAAAGAAUAUCAGCUUUUAUAUGAUAUUAGAAAAUAACAAUUAAGUUAAUAAGUCUUAUCAUCAAAAGAAAAGACAAAAUAACAAAUAAGACAAAUAUAUAACCAGUAUAUGAGAGACCAAUAGAUAUGAUAGAAAACGUCAGUAAAAUUCAUUAUAGAGGAGCACAAACCGAACGGUGCAGUCGUAGGGCCCGUCCAUAAGUGACCAUCCGAUGGACGCCGUAAACAAUACGUACGGAAGUAUCACAUCGUCUCAAAUCUUCAGCUGGUGUGCCAACGAGACCGGAGCCCCAGAUCUCGACACUACACUCGUUGACACCGACACCUACGGCGAGGCCAACCAAACGCUUAGCGAACUCUGCAGUAUUGUUACCAAUAAUAGGACUCAAGGAGUUUUUGAAGACGAUAUAUUACCGCCGCGACUCGAAGCCCUUUUAGUGGCCUCAUUAGGCCUAAUGAUUGUGGCCACAGUUAUCGGCAACAUUUUGGUCUGCCUUUCGGUCGUAUUGGUCCGCAAACUUAGACAUCCAUCCAAUUAUUUACUC